CCUACCUAAUAGCAUCAGAAAACUCUAAGAAACAUAAAAAAUGCCUGAAGGUAUGAGAGGUUUUAACGAUGCCAUAAAAGAAAACACAACACGCAAAGCUAUACUGAAUAGGCAUUUUGCAUAAAGAAACAAAAUGAGGGAGGGAGGGCUGUGAAAAUACAAGAAAACAGCCUAGUUGUUUUGUGGCUUCACCAAGCAAGGUGAGACCCACGCAAUGCCAAAACCUUAAAUACCCCUAGAUUAACCAAGGGAAUGAAAACGCCACGAAACACACAUCUUACCCUAGUUUUACAAAUCAAAUUCUCAGGAGGCCGAAAGACUCCCAGCAUUGCCCAUAAACUAGUAGAGCAGAUACAAGAAAACCCGAGGAAGCGUGGCACAAGAAAACAUAGCGAAAUAGUAAUAACAAUAAUCUCAAGCGAUCUAGUUAAUGCUCAAAAGCCCCUCGUGAAAUUAACUCUGAUUAAAUUUCAUUUAAUCAUCAUUUGUGAUUUUGCUACAGGAUUCCCGUAGCGACGCAAGUCUCUAGGCUCUGGAAGGGGAGAGGGGACAAAGCAAAAACUUUCAGGCCACGCCCUUUUUGCCGCCUGAAAACGCUUUUCUAACAGCAAGGAACGCUUAUUUUAUUUAAAGGGAACGCCAAUGACUAAAUUUUGUUUACGUAAAGUCAGUUUCAAAAUCAUAUGAUUCAUUGCAAAAGUACAACAAGCACAGGAGGACACUGAUAACGGUUAAAAAAAAGAGUGGGCAAAAGCAAGAGCCCUGUGGAACCCCUAUCUCGAUAUUAUACUAAAAUCUGCUACACUGAUGCGAACUGUAUGUACGAUAAGGUCUAGACCAAGUAACGGAUGGUAUUUUUUCUUUUGCAAAGAGGUUUCGUAAUCUACUGUAUCGAAUGCUUUUUUGAGAUCAACAAAGAUCAUGCCAGUAAGACUAAGCGUUAUUUAUGUCCGAGUUGCAUGGUACCAGUCAUCGGUGCAUUCUUGGAGGCAUCGGUUGUUGAAUGUAGGGCCUUGAAAUCAGACAGGCGGAUGAUAGGGAACCGUUUCCAUUCAUGUAAUGGUAAAACUGCUUUGAUAUGAUGGGCAACACAGAUGUCAGUGAAUAAUUAGAUUUUUUUAAUUUUUCGCCCUUUUUGUGAAUUGAUGUUACCUUGACAAUUUUCCCAGUUUCAAGAAAAGUGCUGAUCUCGAUAGAAUUUUCAAAUGUUGCGUUAAAGGAGAUGAAAUAAACCACACAUCAAAUAGGACCUACAUUUUACGUUGAUAAAAGGAAGCAAUAUGCGACUUAAACGAUUUUUUCUGUACUAUGAUCGAUCGAUAUGUCAUGUCACCUGGGUAGAAUUUCUCUCAAUAUUUUGUUCGCUGAAAUGCAGACUAAACAAAACUGACGAAACACCAGGAAAGCUGAAAUUAAUCCUGCAAAUCUAGGCUUUACUGCAUCAAUAUUUAAAGGAAAAAUAAAGCAGGACAAACCCUAAUCCCUUUUUUGAACUAGUAGCGCUGUCAUAUUUACCAAUUGUCAUUUUUCGAAGGCGAAUUAUGGUUAAUUUGGCCUAUAAGCAAUACUCCGUCAAUCCAAGUGCUCAACAAAUGAACACCUAAAUCUUGGUUCUAUAAAUUUGCCGUUUUUACGUCACCCGCCGAUACCUAGAAACACGUUUAGAACUGCAGAACCUCGUCAUGAACCCGAGAUCAUGAGCUUAUCAAAAAAUAAAAAGUUUUUGUUAUGAUAGGUCUUUCUCUUAAUAACUUACCAGCACGCGCUUGCAAUAUAUUCUGGUAGUUGAAUUCCACAUCUUUAGAAUCCUGAAAGCUGUGUCAACAAAACCAUAUCAUAUGAUAUGGUGCAACGAAGGGAAUAUUUAGAUGCUCUUGGUUGAUCGGCCUAGACGCCCCCCAGAGUCAGGAAAACAUUACGGUCGCACGGCCACCGACCGGGGGAAGGUCCACGAAAAACAAUAGAAGCUCCUAUGAGACACCCAAGCCACGCCCACUUUCUAUUGCUUUGUGAGGAAGGUCUGCCUUCUAGGAUGUUUUGUCUGGAGGAAGGUUAACAACUUCUCAUGACUCUGACUCCCCCCGUCUCAUAUCAGCAAAAUCAAUGUCCAAUUAGCUUUGUUUACGUCAACAAACGUAACAUGUAAGCUAAGAAAACAUUUUCCUUCUAAUAUAAACAAUUCAAAAGCAUCCUUCUGUUUGGCGAUAACAAUAUGUUCUUUCCAGUUUGUUUUUACAGCGGCACAUUUGGGCACUAGCGGGAUAAUUAUGUGCUUACCUGGAAGUGUAUUUCAAGGUGAUCUCACCCUUUCAAAGAAAAACGUACGCACUGAAAGUUUGAAUGCUACGUCCAGUGAAUUCAUCAGCGUAGGUGGCAUUGUGUUAAUAGUGACUCCUCUGUAGUUACGUAAUAGAAAUGUUGUUUGAUAAAGAGAUUAUGUGUACUACCCUCAUUUCUUAUAAGAAACCGUCUUAAAAAGCCGUAGUUCAGGGAGGCUUGAGGACGGGAAUGCUCGGGGGCCGUUGCCCCCUUGCUCUCACAAAAAAAUUAACAAUUUUCUUUAUUUUGCUAUGGUUUUGCCCACUUUCUUGACGAGUCUAAAUAUUCUUAAAUUUUUUGGUUUUGAGCCCAAGAUUAUUCUUAAAUUAUUCUUAAGCAACAUAAGGUAUAAUUUGGUUGCAGUUUAAUGACCACUCCAAGGCUGGAUGCGUCCAUUUCAAGACAUACGGCGUUAAACUCGCAUUUUUUUGGCUUUCAAAAAAACUCAAAUGAACAAAAAAUCUAAUUUUUUUUAUGAAGCUUCAGUCUGUCACUAUUCUUGAAUUAUUCUUAUUUUUCAGCGAUUUUAAACCUCAAUAUUCUUAUAAACUAUGUUCUUUUAUGUAAGCACUCAUGUAUUGUUUUUAUGUAGUAGUUAUUUUUAUUUAUCAUUAGAUAUUUGAGAAACCUUUAUAAAAAUUUAGCAUUUAAGUCACCAAAAACACGACUGGUUGCUAAUCUCGAGCUUAGUUUUCCAUAAAAAUAACGAGUGCAUAUGCCUAUAUAGCUAAUUGAACUUGCGCAAGUCUCACUCGAUAGGCAAGCCAAAAGAAGGAGUCGAGGAAGUCUAGAUAGUCGAUAUUCAAAUGAAGGAACUAAAAUGUAACGGUUUGUCUAUCGUUAGAGAAACCUGUCCUGGACCAAUAGCCAUUGGUAACCUGUUUCUGGAGCGAAACUCGGCGAGGGAUCGCAAUCACUAGCCCCUUUCCCAAUUCAUUUGAUUUUAGAAGUUAAGGGGACCUUAUAUGGGACCUCCUUAUUCGCACAGAGUGAGGGUUUAAUUCAAAAGCUGAACAGAGCGACCCUUGGAUAUGUAGCUUCGCUAUUUCUGUUUUAAAAGUGGCAAUAGUUGUUUCUUUAACAACGAAUGAUAAGCAAAUAAAUGCCAGCGAGAAAAUCAAAAUAAACGAAACUCUUUUUUAGAGCCCUUAGUAUCGUGGCACUCCCUGGGUAUCGUGGCACUCCCUUGGUAUCGUGGCACUCCCUUGGUAUCGUGGCACUCCCUUGGUAUCGUGGCACUCCCUUGGUAUCGUGGCACUCACUUGGUAUCGUGGCACUCACUUGGUAUCGUGGCACUCCCUUGGUAUCGUGGCUAUCGUUCGCACUAUAACAUUUAUAAACAAGUAAAACAUUUUCGUCAUUGGUCCAGAUCCGAGUGUGCGCAGCUUUGAUGACGUCACAUGAUAGGAACUGUACUGCACAGGUGUGAAAUAUGUAAGCUCUAUGAAAAAGCUUCACUUACUUUAAGUUGAAUUUCUUAUUUAAAACAACAUUAGAUUAUUAUAUAACAUCGACAAGCAUGUUCAAGAGUUCUUGCGAUUCACAUUAAACUGCUCGUAACUGCUUCAGAAUGGAGACCAGGCGAAUUAUUAUUAUUAUUAUACAGGUGUGAUGUGGGUAAUCUUUAUGAAAAAGCUCCUUUACAAUUUUUCAAGCUUUAUAGCAACGAGUUCCUGCCUGUCAGUAAGAUUCUUGCUGUCAACUUUCUGUUGCCACAACAAUGUAAUGCUGCUCCUUUUUGAAUAGUUCUUUACAGUACGCGAAGUCUCAGAGGGAUCGUAUAAUAACAGCUCAGUUUUUUUAAAUUGCUUUUUAGGUCAGGUGAUUUUUUAACAGUAUAACCCGGGGGGCAACAAGUCCUAGUGGGCUCUUUCUAUCAAAAGAACUCUCUCGAUUAAUAAAGAAUUGUAACGGGGUUGUGGCCUAACAUUUUCUCGUUUUACUCGUGACUCGUGCUCUUGGUUUUAGGUAAACAGGAACUGGAAUUCAUCUAAGAGAUAUAGAACCUUCUAUUCUAUUCUACAUCCCAUUGUAAAAUUUGCCCUUUUCAACAUUAAAACGUUUUAUUUAAGAAACAUCCCUAAUGAUUCUUUGAAUUGCCUUUCAAAUGGUGUUUUUAUUGCUUCAUGCAGACGCGUGAAAGAUGUUCGUUCUGCCAAGCAGGGGCAAAGUUGUUCGUUGCUAUUUUUUCGAAAUUUGGUGAAAAAGGCUGUCUUCAGCACCCUCAAAAGACUCAGCUCCCCAUUGCGCCCCUGAUGCAGAGGAAAAAGCAACUUUCACGAUGCAGGUCUUAUAUUUUGUCGGAUAAGUAACGCAUUACGCCACCAUAUUGACGUCUGUUGAGCCGGGAAAAUCAUUUUCCGCUGGCCGUGCUGUUUAUUAUUGUUUCGUAUUAGAAAACCCUUACUUGAAUCAGCUGUUUCUGAACAACAAUGCGAAAGUAGUUUAUAUACGUAAGCACUAUCAUUUUGUUUUAGAAAAGUUGUUUACAGGAUGAUAAUGCCCAGCUGCUGAAAAAGUAUAAAAAAGCAAUGGUGUUUGGCAAUCACCUCGUAGUAUUUGGAGAUUUGACGUUCAGUUAGCUAGAACAUAGGCUAAAGUUGUAUGUCAUGGGCUCCGACAAAGGUUGAAAAGUGGGGGGGGGCCAAGGGAAAAUUUAACACCCGUAACAGAAGAUUUUGAAAAAAAUUCUAUUGUUUUGCAAAAAAGUGGGCGAGGGUAUUGUUUGCCAAGGCCCCCCCGGCCCCCCCCCUUCGUCGGAGGCCCUGUAUAUGAAUAUAUAAUUAGCACAAUACAAAGUUACAUUGUAUACGGCCUAGGCAAAACGAAACAAGAACAGCAAUAAUGUAUAAAAUGCUGCAAUCAAAUGAUUUCAGGACUAUUAUUGUGGGUUAUGGCAACAUACUCGGUCUUGACGUGUUUUCACGGGCAGACAUUUUGGGCAUCAUACUCAGGGUUUUUGUUCUGAGUUCUGCUGCUUGUUGCAAGAAUUUUGCGAGUUUUUUCUGCUUGCUAAUGUCUUGGCAGGACUUUAGGAGGACACUCUUGUUUUAGUUAUACCAAUUCCUUAACAUUUCUCCCUUCCCUUCCCUAUCAAAGCCUGUCACAUUUGAAAUACUCCUGCCACAAAGUGUGAGCGCCUAUAUUUCUGUAAAUGGUUUGUUUAUCGGGAAAGCUAAGCAUCAGCUUCUCUGAUUAUCCAGUCGAAAUGAAAUCAUAAAUUUUUGUUGUAAAAUCGAACGAAAAUCUAAGCAAAACUUAACAAAGAAGGAAACAAGCAAAUAAUCAAUCCUUUAAGAUAAGAAUAUUUCUGAGUAUCUUUAAAGAAGAAAACGUCAGUAUGAAAACUAAACAAAAGAUUUAUCCAGGUUUUAUCAAAAAUCAAGACUUGGAUCAACACUGGAUGUUUCUCGGUCUUGUCAUUCCCUGGCGAGAACCCCCGUCUUAGGUUUUGCCUUCCGCAGCAACUUCUUGCAGGCUGUUGAAUAAUUCAGACAGUUAAUCAACGAUAAUUAUUUCGGAGUGCAGCCAACAUUUUGUCAAAAAGCUAAGUCAUUUUGUUUACGGUAGCUUUCAUAUAGCAAAGCCUUAAACUAAAAUCGACGCUACGUUGCAGGGAAGCGAUGAUUUUCCAAAGAAAAGGUGGAUAUUUUGGUACAUUCAUUGUUGUUAUUUUUCUGUCAGUGUUAGGGGCUCUUUCAAGUACUACCGUUCCAUCCGCAACUCCUGCGACUGGAAAUGGAGGAGGGGGAAAGAUCAAAGUUUCAACCUAUGAAAAAGAUCUGCUCGCUACGCUUUUGACAAACUACAGCACGUCAGCUCGCCCGACCUCAUCCAAUCACGAACCUGUAUACGUCAACUUCGAGCUGCGAUUAAAUAAGAUUGUCAAACUGGACAUGAAGGAGCAAUUGCUAGUGAUCAACGCAAAAUUGUUUUUGAAAUGGAGGGAUCCUCAGCUUGCGUGGAAUAUGUCCGAGUGGAAUGGCACAAAUUAUCUGAAUGUGCCCAAUUCAAAAAUCUGGACACCUGAUAUUAUGCUUUAUAAUACUGCCAGAGAUGACAGCAAAGAUCCAUCUGAUAUGUACAAGACGAAAGUUUUGAUCAACCACGACGGAGACAUCAUUUGGGUUGCACCAGUAACCCUGAAGGCUUCUUGUGCCGUUGAUAUCAAAUGGUUCCCGUUCGACAAUCAAGAAUGCAAACUGACUUUCGGAUCAUUGUCAUACACGCGCAGUAGGCUUAAUAUCAGGUUCAGGAAGCAGCCAAAAAAUGCUGCAGGAAUGCAGGGAAAUUUUCACUACUCGAAUGGAGAUUGGGAUAUCAGCAGUGUUUCCUCGAGACAACUUUCGGAGAGGUACGAAUGGAGUCCAGAACCAUAUGCGUUGAUUGAGUAUUCAAUUUCACUCAAACGGAUGUUCACGUAUUACAUGUUGUACCUUGUGUUGCCAUGUUUAGGGCUCGUAUUUUUGGGACCGUUUAUGUUCUAUCUUCCUGCAGACAGUGGAGAGCGAACUGGAUUUGGUGUAACUGUGGUUUUGGCACUCAGUGUGUACUUGCUUGUGAUAUCAGACCAGCUCCCAGAGAAGUCGGACAGGACACCAUUGAUUGGUGCAUUGUACAUUGUUAUCUUCUUUCUUUUGGUCCUUGCAUUAAGUGUUGGCAUUGUCACCACCCAUCUUUGCUACAAGACUAAUGAACCCCCCAAAUGGCUGUGGAGAGUGCUCUUCAAAAAGAAGCAACAUUUGAGACCAAUUGAUACCGUCAAGGAAAAUCAGAUGAAAAGCGACGGUCUGGUUAUGCAAACAAUGGAAACCGUAGCACAACAAAGACCUGAUCUGACAAAACGCUUCUCUACAAUCUCUGGGAAGGUUAUUCCAACGAUUGAUGAAGCAGAGACCAACCAACACAAAUGGCGAAUAAUUUCAGCCAAGAUUGACAAGAUAAUGUUCUGGUGCUACCUAGCAAUGGUCAUCGUCAUACCAGCCAUUGUAUGCGUCUGCUUCAUCUGACUUAGCAAGCCAUAGCUCACAUUGAGGUAAUUUCAACCUCUCGUUCUACUCUAUAAAUUAAUGCACAUCUUUGUUAUAAUGUUUGUUAAUGAAUGUCCGUAUGUUAAAAUGUUUGAUAAACUCGUUGUGCUAAUUUGGUCCGUCUAUCUUUCUGCCUGUCUAUUUAGCUAUAUAGCAUAAAUAAUCUGAAGUUGGUAAGGCAACCCGCUAAGAAAAAACUUAAGGUAGUAACGAAAUCCUUGUUGUAUCAAAGAAUUCAGUUCUUAAGUCUUCUGCUAAAAGGCAGGUGAUGGCUUGAUAAACGUAGGCUGGACUUAAGCAACGAAAUGGUGGCCAUCAUCCACAGUAGAAUCCGCAUGAGUCUAGAAUUCCAGAGCUACUUGGAAAAGCUUCCAGAAACAGGCUUGUCAUUGAACUGAUUUUUGUUUCUUCGCGUUCCAGUCUUCAAGUCGACAAUUCCUCUUAAUUUGGUCCUUACACGGGGCCGUUAUCACCGAAGCAGUAUAUGGAAAAUUUUCUAACAGUAUUUGUCUCUGCUGUUUAAAUGAUUUCAACUCAGGCAUUUUAUUCUACAAACUGCUAUUCAGACAAAAAAUAUGCAUUUUUUAUCGGCCUAAGUUUUGAAGUUACCAAACAAAUUUUCUUAAAUUCAGCCAUUUCCAAGUUCUAAUUUAACGUGUCAAAGUUGACGUUAAGGCAAUGAACGCAUUUUGUUUUUGCCAGGAUUUCAUAAUGCUUGUCACACCACGCAUUAAUUCUUUACAUAUAAGUGAUGUGUCAUUGACAUAUCAACCUGCUCGUAGCAUAAAAGCUUCUAUUAUUCACUUCUUUCAUUUGCCAAAUAUAUGCACACGAAUUUUUUACAAUCAUCUUAAUAUUUAAUUAUUUCAAAUCUUUUUUACUUUUUGCAACGUUCCCUAAAAGAACUUUGCUAGCAGAAUUUUUCCUAACUUAAUGCAAAGUUCCCUAAUAGAACUUUACUGGCAAUUUCAAGCCCAUGAUCCUUAAA